GGCGCGCAUGGCGUAUGGCGCGCAGUGCGUCAGAUUACACGCGUUUGCAACAUCUAAGAACACGACGCGGUCCCUCAAUAUGGCCCGUCUAAGAGAUUAUGAUUGCAUCGGCUUUGAUCUUGAUCACACGUUCAUUCAGUACAGACUUGAUAAUCUUUAUCCGGUAAGUCUCCAAGUUACUAGUCGAAUGAGGUACUCGUUCUGCAUAUUCCUUUGCUAUUAAUAAGGCUUAUGGUUUGUUGACAACUAAGACAGUCUUCUUGUUGUAGAUGAUAUACAGUUGUUUUGCGCAAGUCUUAGUGAAAGAAAGAGGGUAUGAUUGUAGCUUGCUGGAGGAUGACUUUGAAGAUUUCAAGGAUUUCUGGUACGAGUUGGAUUCGCAGUUCGAAGCACCAUAAUUAAGUCAAGCUAAUAUCGCCUUCCUUUUGUGACUUACACCCGGGAAUCAAAUAAUAUAGACUGAGUAUGUGAAUAACGACGAAGCAGUGAGAGAAAAUAAACUGCUGUCAGAUCUGCGUUCCCGUGUUCCUGACUUCCUUUUCUCUUCAAUAAUUGAUUGUAACCAGAAGGGUACUCAGUUCAAUGUUUGCUGGGUAUGUGCAGCUGGCCUCUCAGAACCCCCUAGCUUCCCAUUUUUAAGUCCCUACGAAACAGAAUUUUCUUAACCCAAAAAUUCCAAAAUUGUGUAAACUGUAUCAGAAAUGUAACCCCUUUAAGAUUAAUCCAGGCGUGAAAAUGCAAACCUCAUCUAGCGGCACAUCUCCAUCAGCCCAUUACUAGGAAGUUCUCCCCCCCAACCCCUGGAUCCUAGCUUUCAUCCACAUCUAUUGAUGCAUUGACAGAUAGUUGAUUGACAACAGGGGUACCAUUCUUUGAGUGUGUUGACAAGAAAGAUGAACAAAUUGCUACACAGGUCACAAAUGUCGCCACCUCACUUAGACUGGUGCAAAAGUCAUGCACCAAAGGAACCAAAAGCACAUGGGCUCUUCUAAAUUGACCUAUCAGUGUCUAAAAUUGCCAUAAAUUUCUUUACAUUCCAUUGUAUGUCUUACUUGUGGUCAUCUACGGGGUCUUUUUGUUUUUGUUUUUGUUUUUAUCACUUCUCUCCAUCCAUACUAUAACAGGUUUCUAGGAAUUUCAAGUGUCAUGGAAAUUUAUUAAAAACGUAUACAAGAAAAAAAAGAAGAAAAUACCUUACAAAACAAAGUAGGAAUGGAGAAGGACAGGGUAUAGUCAAGAAAGAGUUUUCAGAAGAUUGUGUAGUAAAUUUGCAUUGUAGUCUGCGAACAAAGUAUAAUUAUAGUGAAAUGUUAUUUAAAUUCUGAUACAGUUGGCAGUAUUUCACUAAUUUUUCAGCCUGAAAGGCUUGGUCCUGGAUACCAAAAAGGGAAAUAUUUUAAAACUUGGAGUAGAUGGCUUUAUUCUAAGGUGAGUAAUAUGCCUGAAGUUAUUGUAAGGUUCUUAAUGGGCUAUCACCCAUGAGAGGGACUAGUGUCUAAUUUCAUCCCAGCUGAAUCACUCAUAAAAGUAACAAGAAAAAAGGAAAUGAGCAACAACUAAAGAAUCUCUUGAUUGUUAAUCAAAUUCUCCUUGUGAGCACCUUAGGAAAUGUAUAGAGAACAAUAGGGAGAAUAUGCAUACUGAUGAAGUGUGCAAACGCUUAAAGGUAUCGUCAGCUAUUGAAGAUAUACCUAGUAUCUUUAAUUGGUCGCACUCAAGAAUCUAGUGAGAGUUGUUCGUGGUUACUUGGCAAAAAACUGUCGCGCAUCUUUUGUGCUUUCCAAAGUUCCUAAUAAUGUGCUUGAUAUUUUUUUGAAUGCAUGCUGAUGCCUGAACUAACCAUAAAUUUGUUCCACUUUAUCAGGUUAAGGUUUUUGAGGUUUCAGAAAUGGAAACAUCUUACAUACCAUCUAUCUGUUGUGGAUAACUAUUAUAUGUCUAAUGGGAAAUUUGUUCAAUAAUUAAUAUAAUCUGGUGGAAAAAGAUGCUUUUUUUGAAACAAGUAGUUGCAGGGUUUUUUAUAGUACAUGGCAUGUCACCUAACUAUGUGAGACAAAAUGAAUGUAUGAAAUGCAAAGUGACGUGAUGCCCACCUGCUUGCGGCAUCUGUAUCAUUUACCAUAAAGAGCAAGUUUAAAAGGACAUUAUGAUGAUGUAAUUCUGAAAAGAUGUAAUCAAUGUCUCUUCACCUCAGGGCUUCACAUGGUACACAGCAGUUGACAAGGAAAGAGAUUACAGAUUGCUAUGGGGAACAAUGCAUAUGGCCAAAGUUUAACAUCCUGAAAGAAAAUCCUAUUCAGCAUUGUAUGUUAAAUGUUUAAAGACAGUACAGUUCUGUAGUUUUUAAUCAGUAGAAAUCCUGGCAAUCAAUGUAUUUUAACAAAAUGUUUACCCUAUAUAAAUUUAUUAAUUAACAGUAUUUUACAAAUUUCUUUUCAGCCAACGUUUUCAGAGUGUUUGAAAAUUACUUUGACCUUCCAGUGUUGGUUAUAUGUGCUCGUAUUGUUGACAUAACUGACAAAAAGGUAGAUAUGAUUUUUGAGUAUUUACAUGGAAGAAAUCUCUUAUUAUUAUUCUAUAGUAUUAGCAUUUAUUUGAUAGAUGUCUUCAGAAUCAUGUUCCUUCUUUUUGUGAAGGUAAAACCCAUACCAAGAGUGUUUUUUAGACACAGUACACUUCUGUAUUUGAGAAUCUGGUGAAUUAAGGGCCUACAGGAUCUUAUUGGUAUUUAAAUUCACCAAAAGAUAAUACCCAUUUAGCCUGGCAAAGAGGGACAGUUUGAAUCACCCUAUCAUUAAAGAAACAACCAAGUAGUAAUGUUCAGAAUGUUGAAAAUUCUGAAGAGUUUGUGUUGUUAAAUGUAAUCCUGAUGAACAAAAUUUUUGUAGUUGGUGUUGCAGUUAAAGGACCUCACCCAUAUCUCUAAUAGUUAAAGUUUCCAUGGCUAGAAAAAAAGGAAUAAACUUGUACUAAUGAUAAACUUAUGGUCACAAUUAUAAAAAAUACUACAGCAAAGAAUGGGAAUCUGCAUGCAGCUUGCCUGAGAAAUAUCCUGGUUCUUAUAUGUAGAUGUUUACUGUUUUCAACUCUUUUUGAGAGUUGGAACUUAGGGUCAAGCACUACCUCUCAUGUUUGAUGUAUGACAGGGUCAAAUUAAACAUUUAUACAUUUGAUUAUUAUUUUUUAAAAUUUUUAUGGUUUUCACAGUUUACCAAUAGGAUAUUUGCAAUAUCUAAAUGUUUAUAAAGUGUUGACCAUUUUGUUCCUUUUUCAACACUCAGUAAAAGUGAUACAUCACAUAGUUCCUGUUUCUCUCUCUUCUGUUAGUUUGGAAAACCAGAGGGGUAUAAUUUUUGGCCUGAUAUAAUUUUCUCUUUAAGGAAAAUUUUUAAUCCUUCAUCAUUCAAUAUAGGUGAGUCAUUUUAAUGAACUACUAUUUUUAAGAGGUAUCAAACCCAUAAAUUAAUUAAAUGAUUGUUAUGAAUUUUUCCCAAGGCUAGUGGCUUGCAUCAUUGGCAUCAAAUUUACCUUGAAUAGUAAAAUGGGAGUAUUUCAAUAAGACAGACCUUUUUUGGCUUCAAACCAAUACCUGUAGGUGAUUAAUCAUAAUGUGACAAAAAGUCAAGAGACAGUAGACAGUGUUUUAUGGUUUCAGUGAAACUCUUGUAUCAAAAGUUGUGGGAAACUAAAUUUCUUUGUAGCAAUAUUUUAUCAUCAUAAAUAGUCUAAAGGAAGGAUUGUAUAAAUUAAAGCUGUGGUCAUUCAGAUACAUUUGAUCAACUGUAAUUAUUAUCUUUAAAGUACUUUGCCUGGCAAAUAACAGAACUCUGAGGCUUUGUUUCUCUAACAGAAGAUCUGAAUUUGGUUUGAGUUUUUCUCCUUUCUUUCUCAGACAAAAAAGAACAGUACUUUUACAACCUGAAGAGAAAUAUAUCCAAGUUUGUAAAACCUUCUCCUGAGAAAAUUAUCAACUGGAUCAAGUCAAUGAAAGAGACAAAACAAACAGUCUUUCUUCUUACCAAUUCAGAUAUAGAUUAUACAAAUCUUCUUAUGAAUUAUGCAGUAGGGUGAGUGAACCUAAAUGCUUUGGCAAUAUUCUUUAAUUUUUCAUUUUUCUAAAUAUUUUCAAUUAGCUCUGACAGAUUUGAACACAAAUGGUGUCUUAGAUACCAGCUAUAUGUGGCUAGGACUGAGCCAAUUUAAAAAAAAAUGUACCAAAGGAAACACUAUAGAUCUCAUUUGAAAAAUCUCUUUUUUUCUUUCUCCCAAAUAAUUACUUCUUAAAAUAGGACUUCACCAAGAUGGAUAUCUGAGGGUAUAUACCUUACCUUUUGAAUCUGUUGCCUUUUUGCAAUCUUUCCCUCUGUGUUUUCUUUCUGUCAAACCCUAUUUCAGGCUAGAGGGCCUAUGGAUAUUAUGGGUAUAGUUGCUGAAAACCCAUUACACUUUAUAUAAAAACUGUAUUGUUUUAUACUGUUUUGACACACCUUUUUAGGUAACAAUUGUGCAAUCUUAUCAAGAUGCCAUGUUUGUUUACUUGUUGACAUUUUUAAAGCUCACACUAUAUUUGUGUCCAAAUCCCACACACUCAAAAACCCUAUGGAGCCUUCUUGACGACCACUUUAUGGAUUCAAUCUCUCUAACAUGUUUAGAUCCAGAUGGGGAGAACACAAUCUUUAAGUGCAUUUGUAUGCUAUAGUUAAAUGUUUUUCUGUUCUGAGUUUCUUCUACUUUGUUCCUAACUAAAGUGAUCACUAAAGGGACUUGAUUCUUUCAUUAGAUAGUAAUUUAUUAUUAAUACCAACUGCUUCAAAUCAGCAGUUCAUUUUCACUUCAAUUCCUGACACUAAAAUACUCCCAGUGAUGUACUCCACUUACAACCCUUUUUAACCAUAAAUAAGAAAUUAUUAUUAACAAGUACAGUUCUUCUGAUCUUGCAAAAAUAUUCUUUUGCAGAAAACACUGGCCAGAGAUGUUUGACAUGGUUGUGUGUGCAGCAGGCAAACCAGGUUUGUUUUUGACAACACAAGCGCUGCUUAUUUUAUCUCCUGUAAAUUUAGUUGUUUACCUUAUCUUACUUGAUGGAGUGAAAGAGAAGUAGCUACCAAUUGCUACCAUUGUUCUGUUACCUAUACACUGUGAUACAUUUACAUUGUACAAUUAGUUAUUAGUAUAUGUUUAUUAUUUUAUUUGUCAGUACUUAAUAUUUUUCUCUUCAACCUACAAAAGGAUUUUUCAAGUCAGAAGAGCCACUUAUUAAGUUCCAUGAACUUGGUAAGAUGCAUCAAAUAAUUAUUAUGUAAUAUAUAUUUUUAAUAUUGCUUUAAAAUCAAAGCCUUGGAUUAAUUCCUCUUUAUCAAUAGAAUUAAAUUUUAUCUCAACAAAAGCAACCAUUUUGUUCAUUUAGGUUGGGAAAUGGUGAUUUCGAAAAAGGUUGGGCUCAGAGUUCUGUUUAUUUUUUAAAGUUUCAUAGUGUUUAUUCUACAUGUAGUUACUGUAUUACAUGUUUCUUAAUUCUGAAUUGGUACCUUCAGAUGGUGAAAAGGAAGUAGGCCCUGUUCAAGAGCUUCAAGAAAACAAGAUGUACAGUAAAGGAAAUCACAAGGAUUUAACCAUAUUUCUUCAAAAGCAGACAGACCUGGAUAUGCCGAAGGUAAUUACUGUAACUGUAGUUGUAGGCUCAGCUUACUCACAUCAAACUUAAAAAUACAGCCAAAAUAACAUGCUCCUAAGUUCCCAAAGUAAUGAAGCUUGGAAGCCAAUGAUCCUCUUAAAGAAUUUCAGUUAGCAGAAUUACGUAGUGCAAAAAAAUCAACAUUGCUGCUGAAGGCUCUUUCUGAAACAUACCACACUACACCAAGAGUGAAUUUGCUUUCUAUCAAUCUGUGAACAUAUGCCUAAUGUACAGAAAUCUGUCAUCACCAAUUCACUUUGUCUGAAAAUUGGCAACAGGUACAUUACCUUUUUUGACCCUCUUAAUUAUACAACACAUAUAGGUCUUGUACUUUGGAGACAGCAUCAGAUCAGAUCUGUAUCCAUCAGUAGUCUUUGGUGAUUGGAAUGUUGUUACUGUGCUGGAAGAGAUGGAGUCUGAAGGAAUGGUUACAUGUCAAGAUCAGGUAUUCUUUUUCAUCCCGCUUCAGGAUACAGAAUAGUUUCUGAUUGAAAUAGUUUUGACUUUAUGCCAGUCAUGUCAUGGCUUAUUUGAUAGAUUUUAAAUAAAUAUGCAUUCUACUGGUAGCAUUCUGAAGUGUACCGGUAUUUCAAAAUCAGUCUGGUAACCUACAUAAUGUAGAAAACUCCAUUUUGAGUCAGUGAAUUUGACUGUCUUGAAAAUUUCUCAGUAAACUGAAGAACUGUUGUGGCCUGCUCCUUUGUACUGAUCCUUGCUGGAAAAGUCUAUUUAUUUCACUAGAGAUAGGUUAGCUGAUGUUGAUAACAACUAUAUACAGCUUAGCUUAACUUAAAAGUCUGUUCAGUGAAAGAGGCAGUGAAGUUCCAAGUUCAACUGUUACAGUGAUGAGCAGUUAUGGUGUUACUUUUUGUUAUAUUCUCAGUAGAAGCCAAGGCUUCCACCUUAUAUACUUCACACAUUAAAUACAUGGAUGCACAAUUUUCAAAAUAGUGAUUUUGUUGUUGUUUUUACAAUGUUUUCAUCAGCAGGAUUGUCUUGAGGAUGGUCCAAAAUCAAAGAAAGCAAGACUGUCUGUGCAAGUAUGUUGAAUUGUAAAAGCCACAAUAUUAAACAUUUUGGCUGAAAUUCAAUUAAGUCCUGGACUAUAGUGAGUGGCAAAAGUCUUGGUACAUUCUACUAUGUUUUGAUUUUUUUUAUAACUUUCUUUUAUCUCCCCCUUUCUCUUAUAACAAUGUUUUCGAGAUGAAUUUCGAGAUUUCUGUUUAUUAGGUUGAGUGGGGGUUGCAGACCAACCUAGUUUUGGAAGGUAUGCCAACUUUGCCACUCACUGUAGAAGUUCAAACAAGAACAGAUUUAAUUUACUUUACACCCAAAUAAUGUUGUGUUUGAGUGGAUUGAUACUAAUGCGUGACAUUUUGGUGUUACAAUGCCAUAUUUAUUGUCCCCUGCAGGACAUUGAGAUUGAAAGCUGCAAAGAAGAGGUUCUGUUGUCAAAGCAAUGGGGUUCAUUCUUUGUGCAUGCUGAUACUUGUCAAGAUAAAAUUAUUGAUUGUAAGUUAGAUGGAGAUCAUGACCUUGUGAAAACAUCUGGAAGGAAACAAAUCAAUACUUUCUGGGGAGAUUUGAUACAGAAAUAUAGCACUUUUGUAAUUCCACGGCUAGAUUUCAUCACAGGUUAGUGUGAAUUAUGUUCCUUGUUUUCACAUGAUAUGCAACAUAUGCAUUCAGCCAUAUGUUGCAGACAAUUUAAAACUAUACACAGUUGUGGUUCCCACUAGAGGUAAAAAAAAUGUACAUAAAUUGCAAAUAAAAAACCUGUGAAAUGUAAAUUUGGAAUUUAACCCUUUAAAUUCUAAACAGUUAUUACUUUUCCCAUUUUAAUGUCUGUACAUUAUCUGGCAAGCUGGUAAUGAGGAUACUCAAACUUAGCAGGUAGAAGUUGUUAGCUUGAUCUAACACCAAAUUCUUAAAGCUCAUUAACAGAAAAAUGUGUAGCAGCUAGAGGGGAGAAUUAACAAUCAUAUCUUGGGAGUUAAAGGGUUAAGAUAAGACGACAAUGACAAAGCUCUGUUUAAAUUUUCUUUGAGAAAAUACCUUUCUCUUACCUGAAAAGAACAACUUUGUGAUGACUUAUCACCAAAAGUUUUACUAAACCAAAUACUGCUCUCUUGACAAUUUUUCUUGUGUUUCCUUAGAACUGUCUCCAGACCAUGCAUUUGAAGCCUUCAGUCUUUCAAAGGGAGGUUUCUAUCCAGGAAGUCCGAAGUCUCUUCAUUUAUAAAAAAAACAACUUAAUAUGUUUCUUAUAGUCAUUUAAUCACUGGUAUGCAAUCUAUUUUAUUAAGAAUUGUGAGGUCAAAUUUAGUUCUCUAUCAUGAAAUAUUACUUUAAAUUUUCUGUUACUCGUGCCAUUGCAAAAAUUGUCUGUAGGAAUUUACCAGAAAUGCCUAGUUUCCUGUCAGUUUUAACUAAUGUAUCUUUAUUUAAAUAUAAAAGACAGCAAUAAAAUGUUUUGUUGUAUAUAGUUACAUUUUUUGCUAUUCAUCAUUACCAAUCACUAAAAAAUUUUAAUAGUGUUGUCUCAGAAUUUUGUAAUGUGUGGGUGGCCUUUACUGAAUGAUAAUGAUGAAUGAGUGUAACAACAGCACCUGUAAUGUUUUAACGAUACUCCUUGUAUGGAGUGGUCCUCAGUUUUUAAUAGUUCGCUGUUCCUGUGAUGGUGUACAAAUUAAGGAUCUCAUAUUGCCAUGCAUCUUUUCAGUAAAAGAUCACAGAAGAUAUAAAAUGUGGUGAAAACAAAAAAGGUUGUACAUGAGGAGCAGCAUGCUCUUACCAAAUUUUUGUGUCUUUUGUCAUCAGUUACAGUACUAUUUGUUUUAUAGGAUGAAAAAAAAAAUGGAAUGUUGUUAAUGGUGACAUCAUCUGUGGGUCUGUCUUCCAAUAAAAGCAGGAAGCAAUUAAAAUGUGUGUAUAAUUCAGCUCAUCAUAUAAUGUGCUGUCAAUCAUUCAGUCAUUUGAAAAUGCUAUCAACCUGUACUUUUCCA